AUGCUUGUGUCCGCAACACGAUACCGGCCCAAUGUCUGGAUACAAGCGCCUCUCUACUUCCUGAUGGCAACAGGCGAGGUGUUCGCUAUGACGACAGCCAUGGAGUAUGCAGAGAAGCACGCACCAAAGGAGAUGAAGGUCUUUGUGCAGGCUAUCAACAUGCUCAUCACGGGUAUAGGCUCGGCCAUCGCUCUGGUCAUCGCCGAGGCAGCUCGCGAUCCUUACCUUACCUCGUUCUACGGCAGUCUUACAGGUGCUAUGGCCCUCACAACCAUCGUGUUUUACGUUAUGUUCCGGAAUAAGGAUAAAGAUGAUACCAGAGCAGAUAUAGAGGAGGGCAGCAGAGGAAUGGCGCUACCACCACCAGACUCACCGUUGGGAUCACGCCAACUCGAUACGAUUGUGACAAGUGGAUCUACGGAUACAGACAAGGGCAUGGAGUUGACGCCAAUUACAUCCUCACGGACAAUACAUAUCGAGCGAAAUACCACAGCUGUAGCUGGAUCAUGUUAG